CGUGCGUGUGUUGACGUUUCAUCAAAACAAAGCACGAUCGCGCGUCUUGUCCAGCAUUUUACUACGGUGUUUCGUUGCGAAUGCGUCGUUUCUGCGCUAACUGUCUACGCGAAAAGUGUUGAUCGGCUGUUCGUGCGUGUAUCACCGGCUUCUGAGUGAACGAGUGCCACAAUUGCGAUGUCGUCCACCGUGAAAUUCACCUCGGACGAGAGUCUCGGCGAGUCUUGGGUGGAGCUAAAUCCUGUACCCGAUAGGAUAACUCCGUUACCGUUCAGUAGCGGCGGUGAAGAGUACCUGCGACUCCUUAGAGAAGCUCAAAGGGAUUCUCUUCCCUCAUCUGCCAGACAUUCUCUAGCGUCUUCACAUCGCGGUACACCUAGAGACAGCCCAAAGAGCCCACCGAACAGCCCCAAUACUGAGCUAGCAACCGAAGACGAGCUCAAGGGAGUAUAUAUAAAUUACUGCUGCAAUAAGGAAGCCGAGCUUUUAGAGAAGAACACGGAUUGGAUCUACGAAUGGAGUUCGCGUCCGGAUCAAGUACCGCCAAAAGACUGGAAGUUCAAGCAUCCUCAAGGAAUGAACAAAAGAAAAUCUUACAGCAUUCGUACCACAAAAGUAGGCAAGAAUGGCUUGUUCUCUAAAGAAGUCCUUUACACACUCUUUAUCACGAAUAUUCUGUCCGUUUUGGUGGGAGCUGGCUUAGGAGUUUGGCUGACCAGGCGAGGAUCGUUAACGUCCACCGUGACCAUCGAGUGAAGAAGAAAAACGGUCAGGUACGCGAAAGUCAGGAUUGCUGCGCUGGAGAUUGCAAGGAAACGGAGUAAAAGGGUGGUUGGUCUGUAUCGCAAACCGCAAGAAAGACUGAAGAGCCAAGAGGGUCGAUCGAGCCUAAAAACACACGCAACACAUUAUUUCGAUUACCCCCGUUUUAAUAUUAGCACUUUCUAUCUCUUCUUAAUCCUUCCC